AUGGGACCUGACGAGUACCACUAUCCUGUGAACAAUUCAGUCUACACUAAUUUUAUUGCAGUCAAGAAUCUUAAGUUGGCAGAAUACUGUAAUAAUCUACUCGGUGUUCAUUUCAAUAAGACACUGCUGUAUAAGCUUGUGGCACACAAUAUCUACAUCCCUUUUGACACUCAACAACAGUAUCACCCGGAGUUCGAUAAUUAUACAAAUGGUACUACAGUAAAACAGGCUGAUGUUAUAUUGCUUGGAUUCCCCCUCAUGAUGGAAAUGUCAGAAACAGUCAGACGAAAUGACCUGACUAGAUAUGGACUGGUAUCUGACCAUAAUGGUCCUGCUAUGACCUGGGCAAUGUUUGCCAUCGGUUGGUUAGAAAUGAAAGAACUAAAAAUAGCAAACCAUUAUUUUGCUAAGAAUUUUAAAAACGUUCUCCAGCCAUUCAAGAUGUGGUCUGAAUACAGUGAUGGUUCCGGAGCUGUGAAUUUUUUGACUGGAAUGGGAGGAUUCUUACAGGGUCUUCUGUUUGGCUAUGCUGGGUUCCGAAUUCAUAGCAAUCAGCUUGAAUUUGACCCAGUUCUUCCCUUGAACAGCACCCAAAGGAACUCAUUGGCAAAUGUUUUACUUUUUGUAUUUGUUCUUUUAAGUGCUGUUUCAUACAUUCUUUAA